AGAACGACAGUAACGUUUGUCACACAGAAUUUGUUCUUUUAUUUCAGCGAAACGCUUGUCAAAUGUCAUGAUGUUGGACGUCCUGCUGCUCUUUUCCAGCAUCUGUACAGCUGUUGUUGGUGGAGCUUCACAGACAAUUACUGGAUACAGAGGAGAGAGAGUUGACAUCAGAUGCUCAUAUGAAUCUGGAUAUGAAACAUAUUCAAAGUAUUUUUGUAAAGGGGAGUGUUUAUUGUUACAUAGAAACAUCAUGGUUAAAUCAGGAUCUCCAGCUAAAGACGAGAGAUUCUCUCUGACUGACGACACGACGGCCAGAGUUUUCACCAUCACCAUCACUGAUCUGAGAACAGAGGAUGAAGGCCAAUACUGGUGUGUUGUGAGGAGGAGUUUGCCUUUGCCUGAUGUCUAUUCAGAAAUGUUGUUGCUGGUUAAACUGGGUCAGGACUCUCAUUCAGGGUCUGUCAUCUAUAUCUGUGUUGGGUUAGUCUUCAUCAUGAUCAUCUUCCUCAUGGCGCUGAUGGUGUUGUUUAGGAAGAAAAGCAAGAAAUCAUCAAGAGUUACACAAUCAGGACUUUCCCAGCACGUCGCCGUCGGGCUGUUGCCUUUGAAUUCAAGAGCAGAAACCACUGCAGAGGACAUUGACUGGAGUGACCAUAAUUAUCAGGAAAUCAGCGAGUUCCAGUGCAAGAACAGAGACACUAUCUACACUACAGCAGAAAGUCCAGAUGAUCCAACGAUCUACUCCACUGCAGAUAAACCAGAUUCAACAGUAGAUAAACCAGAUUCAAUGAUCUACUCCACUGCAGAUAAACCAGAUUCAACAGUAGAUGAACCAGAUUCAACGAUCUACUCCACUGCAGAUAAUCCAGAUUCAACAGUAGAUGAACCAGAUUCAACGAUCUACUCCACUGCAGAUAAUCCAGAUUCAACAGUAGAUGAACCAGAUUCAACGAUCUACUCCACUGCAGAUAAUCCAGAUUCAACAGUAGAUGAACCAGAUUCAACGAUCUACUCCACUGCAGAUAAACCAGAUUCAACAGUAGAUGAACCAGAUUCAACGAUCUACUCCACUGCAGAUAAACCAGAUUCAACAGUAGAUAAACCAGUUUCAACGAUCUACUCCACUGCAGAUAAACCAGAUUCAACAGUAGAUGAACCAGAUUCAACGAUCUACUCCAGUGCAGAUAAACCAGAUUCAACAGUAGAUGAACCAGAUUCAACGAUCUACUCCACUGCAGAUAAACCAGAUUCAACAGUAGAUGAACCAGAUUCAACGAUCUACUCCAGUGCAGAUAAACCAGAUGAACCAAUGAUCUUCUCCAAGGCAGAUAAACCAGAUGAUCCAGUGAUCUACUCAACAAGAGACCUUAGUGACAUUUUUACUGACUGUGUCUCAAAGCAGCUUUGUGAAGUGGCAGUUCAACCCACAAUGCAACAGAGACAGGACAUAAACAAUCCUUUGUUUUAA